GUCGGCUCCAAGGCGAGCAUAUCAUCGUCCUCGUAUUUCCCUCAAAUAUCCAUUGCCCUCCUUUUUGUCGUUUUGCCAGAUUCUGUCCCCUUGUUUUUGGCCUUUUUCUCCGCUUUGGAACUGAAGCACCUGCAACACCAAACGCAUCAUGCACUCCAAUAAAUUCCCACUCCACACCCUCUUCUUACCACCAUUUCCCAUCCCCUCUUUCUCUCUCUCUCUCUCUCUCUCUCUAAUGGAGUCUCAGGCCACCUCGACCGCUUCCGCCACCGCCAUCUACAUGCGAGACCGCUUCGGGUGCUGCUUCCGCAACUGGAUGGCGCAGCAGCACCUCGACCUCGACGAGCUCCUGCAGGCGGUCUCCGCCGACUCCGGCGACGCCGAGAAGCUCAGGUCCCUCGCCGGGAAGAGCAUCCAGCACUUCCGGGACUACCUCGAGGCCCGGUCCCAGCUCGCCCAGCACGACGCGCCUUCCUUCUUCUGCCCCCCCUGGUGCACCUCCUUCGAGAACUCCUUCCUCUGGAUCGGCGGUUGCAGGCCGACUCUGGCUAUCAGACUGGUGUACUCAAGCUCCGGAUCGGACCUCGAAGCUCAGCUCGCCGGCGGAGCGAGACGAGGCGAUGAUGACAGAAGCAACGGCAGCGGCGGCGGCGGCGGCGGCAAUCUCGGGGAGAUAACGGCGUCGCAGCUGAAAUCGAUCAACGAGUUGCACAUGAAGACGCUGAGGAUGGAGGAGAAGCUGUCGGGCCGGAUGGCGAGCAUGCAGGAGGAGAUCGCGGACGAUCCGCUGGCGCUGAUAGCGAAGCGGAGCGGGCGGGUCGGGGAGGAGAGCGAGUCGGUGGAGAGGGUGAUGAAGAGGCACGCGCUGUCGCUGGCGCGGGUGCUGACGGAGGCGGACGAGCUGAGGCUGGCGACGCUGAGGGAGCUGGUGGAGGAGAUCCUGACGCCGCUGCAGGCGGUGGAGUUCCUGGUGACCACCAAGAAGCUGCACCUCUCGAUCCACGAGUGGGGGAAGCGGAGGGACUCCGUCCUGGGGAAGGUCUGACCCGAAUCCCAUUCUCGGUUUUCCAUCUUCUUUGUUUUCUUCAAGCUUGCAUGCACGAGCUGGUGCAGUCGUGCAUGAUGAUGUGUAUAUAUGUACAUAGACUAUGCAAUAUGCAUCGGCUAAGGCCUCUCCUUUCUGUAUUAUAUGCUAAGUU